UAUUCAUAAACUACGAAACGUAUCGAUGCUUAUUAUAAUACCAUAUUUAUAAUUUUCUCUCUUAGAAAUUCUCCAAAUAAUUCGCUCAGAUUCCAUUGACAGAUUGUGUAUAUUUAGGAAAGGAAUCGAAUACCAAGGAAGACGAAGAACAAGGAGUAGAAGCAGUAGAGAAGCACAAACAUUUGCAGGUAGUUUUUGAAGCUCUUUAAGGUUUUGAUGGAAGACAAUCAAUUAAACUUCAAUCGACCAAUUCUUUCUGUAAGACGUUUCUCAUCAACAGUUUCUUCUCAAAAGGACUCCAAAAGGAAAAAUGGAAUAUCACCAAGUCCUUCUUACAAAUCAGGUUCAUUAAGAAACCCUGGAAGUGUCCCUUUUGUUUGGGAACACACUCCUGGAAAACCAAAAGAUGAAACAAAAACACAAAAACAUAUAAAAUAUCUUGUCCCAAAGCCUCCACCAGGUCGAAUUUCAAAACCUAAAAAGCAAGAAUCUUUAGAAGUGAAGUUAACAGAAUUUGAGAGCUCAAAAGAGACAAAGAAAGAGUCAUCUGAUUCAAGAGUGAUGAAUGAGAAGCCAUUGGAGGUGAAGAAGGUGGUUAAUAGGGAAAAUGAGAAGCCACAAAUUACAUAUGGCCCUAAUUUUUUACAGUUUACUGGUGAUGAUAGUGAAGAAGAUAGUGAUUUUGAUUAUGAUGAGCAUGAAAAUACAUCAUAUAAGGUUUGUGGAUUGCUUCCACAUUUUUGUUUAAAGGGUUCUAUUGGUCUUUUGAAUCCAUUACCAGGAUUAAGUAUGAGAACCAGAUUACCAAUUUCUUCUGCUAAUAAAACUCCCUCUGAAUCCUCAUCUGCUAGCUCUCAGCCUGCUAGAGUGGCUGUAUAUGAGCACAGAUCAUUAGCCAAGCAAGAAAAAGAGGAGACCGUUAUAAAAAACAAGCCUAAAGAAGCUGCCAAUCAGAAAGAGCGAUCAGAGCCGUUGGAUCGUGUGAUUUCAGAUGAUGAUAUCGAUUUAAAAAAUAAAGAAGUAAAUUUACAAAAGAAAGGACUCAUUAGCUUCAAGGAAUUACUAGCUGUUGAGAAUGAGAAAGAAUCCAGCCCUCAAAAUCAUAUGGUUGAAAAGACUCUUUACAUUGACACCAUACAUAAGGUCGAAACUGCCAAAUCUGAUGAGGGUAUUUUCGAAAUUUCACAUAUUCCGAAACAGGAGAAAGAAGCGGGAUUUUGUGAAGACCCGAAAGUUGAACGAGAUUUAAAGUUUUCCCGACAAAAUAACAUGGAGUUACCCGCUCCGCCGCCAUUACCGAAAUCACCCUCGGAUUCUUGGUUGUGGCGGACAUUGCCGUCUAUGUCCUCGAAAAAUCUAUCUUUACGCGCAAAUCCUAAUCCUAAACAUCCGACUUCCAACACAAGGGCAAAAUUGGAAAAUUUUCAAUCACAAAAUCCACAGGGACAAUUACUUCCUAUACCAGAAACUUAGUAUUUUGAGUUAGUAGAGUAUGAUAUGAAGCAAAGAAGAAGCAUUGAAGGUUUGCUAUUGGUUAGAGGUGGUAUGAAUGUAAUGAAUGAGUCGGUUGUGAUUAUUUUUGAUGGGCGUAUCAUGUCAUUAUCAUAUUUUAUAUCAUGUAAUUAAUAGUGAGGAAUAAAAGAAAGUUGAUUGGAGGUUUGUAUAUGGUAAUAUGAAGAGGGAAAUGGUCUGUAAAGAUGUUUUCAUAAUAAGAAAGGAGAUGGGGUACCUUUCAGAUAGAAUGGAAAAAGGAGGACUUUAUGCU